CCCGAGUGCCCCUCCCGCGCACAGCCCCAGUCCCCGCCCAGCCUCAGUGGCUGCCCGAGGCGAGGCCAGGCGAGGCGGCGGCCGCAGCGGGCUGGUUCCUGAUGUAAUCAGCAGCAUAAGGCAAUUAUCCAAAGCUGCCAUGAAAGAGGAUGCCAAACCCAGCAAAGACAGUGAGGACGCCUUUUACAACUCUCAGAAGUUUGAAGUCUUGUACUGCGGAAAGGUGACCGUGACCCACAAGAAGGCCCCGUCCAGCCUCAUCGACGACUGCAUCGAGAAGUUCAGCCUGCACGAACAGCAGCGCUUGCGGCUCCAGGGCGAGCGGGCCUCGGACCCCAGCGAGGAGCUGGUCCUGGAGGGGGAGGCUCUGGGGUCCCCCGGGGACAGCCUGCCCGAGGAGGAAGAGGAGGGGGAGGAGGAGGAGGCUGAGGACAGUCGUCCUGCCCCGCCGGCCCUGGCCAGCCCCGCUGCGUCGGCCAGCUCCCGGGUGUGCGUCCCUGAGCGGAUUUUGGAAGAUUGCGGCUUUGAGGAGCAGCAGGAUUUCCGGUCCCGGUGCAGCAGUGUCACGGGAGCCCUGCAGAGGAGAGUUCACGACAACAGCCAGAAGCCUCAGGUGCGACGCAGACACGCGAGCGCCCCGAGUCACGUGCAGCCCUCCGAUUCGGAGAAGAACAGAACCAUGCUCUUCCAGGUUGGGCGCUUUGAGAUUAACCUUAUCAGUCCAGACACUAAGUCAGUUGUGCUAGAAAAGAAUUUUAAAGAUAUCUCCUCUUGUUCUCAGGGUAUAAAGCAUGUUGAUCACUUUGGUUUCAUCUGUCGCGAGUCUCCAGAACCUGGGCUGAGCCAGUACAUUUGUUAUGUGUUCCAGUGUGCCAGCGAGUCCCUGGUCGAUGAGGUCAUGCUGACUCUGAAGCAGGCUUUCAGCACGGCUGCAGCGCUGCAGAGUGCCAAGACCCAGAUCAAGCUGUGCGAGGCCUGCCCUAUGCACUCUCUGCACAAGCUCUGUGAAAGGAUUGAAGGUCUCUACCCGCCAAGAGCCAAGCUGGUAAUACAGAGGCAUCUCUCGACGCUGACAGAUAAUGAACAAGCUGACAUCUUUGAACGCGUUCAGAAAAUGAAGCCAAUCAGUGACCAGGAAGAAAAUGAACUUGUGAUUUUACACCUGAGGCAGCUGUGUGAAGCCAAGCAGAAGACACAUGUACACAUCGGGGAAGGCCCAUCGACUGUUUCAAAUAGUACAGUCCCAGAAAAUGCUACAAGCAGUGGAAGGUUCAAACUUGACAUUCUGAAAAAUAAAGCAAAGAGAUCCUUAACUAGCUCCCUGGAAAAUAUCUUCUCAAGGGGAGCUAACAGAAUGAGAGGUCGGCUUGGAAGUGUGGACAGCUUUGAACGGUCUAACAGUCUUGCUUCAGAGAAGGACUACUCACCAGGAGACUCUCCACCAGGGACACCGCCGGCCUCCCCGCUGUCCUCAGCGUGGCAGGCGUUCCCUGAGGAGGAUUCCGACUCCCCGCAGUUUCGAAGACGGGCGCACACUUUCAGCCACCCGCCAUCAAGUUCAAAGAGAAAGCUGAACUUGCAAGACUUGAGGGCCCAUGGGGUACGCUCCCCUCUGCUGAGGCAGAGCUCCAGCGAGCAGUGCAGCCUCGUUCCGUCAGUUCGACGCAUGCACAAGGAGAGUAAUUCUUCCUCCAGCCUUCCAAGCCUCCACACUUCCUUCUCUGCCCCUUCCUUCUCUGCCCCCUCUUUCCUGAAAAGCUUUUACCAGAAUUCAGGUAGACUGUCCCCACAGUAUGAACAUGAAAUCAGUGAUGGAGAAGGGAGGAAACGGACCUCAUCCACCUGCAGCAACGAGUCGUUGAAUGUUGGGGGAACGCCUGUCACUCCUCGCAGAAUUUCCUGGCGGCAGCGCAUUUUCCUGCGGGUUGCAUCUCCCAUGAAUAAGUCUCCCUCGGCAAUGCAGCACCAAGAUGGACUGGACAGGAAUGAGCUUUUGCCACUGUCCCCUCUCGCUCCCACCAUGGAGGAGGAACCGCUGGUUAUAUUCUUGUCCAGUGAUGAUGACCCAGAAAAGGUUGAAGAAAAAAAGAAAUCAAAAGAACUAAAGAGUCUGUGGAAAAAAGCAAUACAUCAACAAAUCUUGUUGCUACGAAUGGAAAAAGAAAACCAGAAACUUGAAGCAAGACGAGAUGAACUCCAGUCCAGGAAAGUGAAGUUAGACUAUGAAGAGAUUGGAGUAUGUCAGAAGGAGGUCUUAAUAACAUGGGAUAAGAAGUUGUUAAACUGCAGAGCAAAAAUCAGAUGUGAUAUGGAAGAUAUUCAUAUUACUCUCAAAGAAGGAGUUCCCAAAAGUCGACGAGGAGAAAUUUGGCAGUUCCUAGCUUUACAAUACCGUCUGAGACACAGACUGCCUAAUAAGCACCAACCUCCUGACACAUCCUACAAGGAACUCCUAAAGCAGCUCACUGCUCAGCAGCAUGCGAUUCUUGUGGAUUUGGGAAGGACAUUUCCUACUCACCCUUACUUUUCAGUACAGCUUGGGGCAGGGCAGCUAUCUCUUUUUAACCUUCUGAAAGCGUAUUCUUUGUUGGACAAAGAAGUGGGCUACUGUCAAGGAAUCAGUUUUGUGGCUGGAGUCCUGCUUCUGCACAUGAGUGAAGAGCAAGCCUUUGAAAUGCUGAAAUUCCUCAUGUAUGACCUAGGCUUCCGCAAGCAGUACAGACCGGACAUGACGUCACUCCAGAUUCAAAUGUACCAGCUGUCCCGGCUCCUCCAUGACUACCAUAGAGAGCUCUACAAUCAUCUUGAAGAGAAUGAGAUCAGCCCCAGUCUUUAUGCCGCCCCUUGGUUCCUCACACUGUUUGCCUCUCAGUUUCCAUUGGGAUUUGUAGCCAGAGUUUUUGAUAUUAUUUUUGUUCAGGGAACUGAAGUUAUAUUUAAGGUUGCACUGAGCCUCUUAAGCAGCCAAGAGACACUUAUAAUGGAGUGUGAAAACUUUGAGAACAUCGUUGAAUUCUUAAAAAGCAGGCUACCUGAUAUGAACACUUCUGAAAUGGAAAAAAUUAUCACCCAGGUUUUUGAGAUGGAUAUUUCUAAACAGUUACACGCCUAUGAGGUAGAAUACCACGUGCUGCAGGAUGAGCUCCAGGAAUCGUCGUACGCCUGUGAGGAUACCGAGCCUUUGGAGAAGCUGGAGAGGGCCAACAGCCAACUGAAAAGACAGAACAUGGACCUCUUAGAAAAACUGCAGGUGGCUCAUGCUAAGAUCCAGGCCCUGGAAUCAAACCUGGAAAAUCUUUUGACCAGAGAGACCAAAAUGAAGACUUUAAUCCGGACUCUGGAACAGGAGAAACUGACUUAUCAAAAGACAGUGGAGCAAAUCCGGAAGCUCCUGCCAGCAGAUGCCCUGGCCAGCUGUGAAUCACUGCUGAGAGAACUAAACUGCAACCCUAACAACAAAGCCAAGACAGGAAAUAAGCCAUAAUUGAAGACAUGCAGUUGGAGCAGAAAGUGCUCCUAACCACCCCGGAGAGGAGGGGCCUGUGUGCCGCUGGCCCCGGCGGGACACCCAAGGCGAGGAACCACCUACCACCUCUGCUGAGCUGAGUCAGCAGGCAGCCUCCGCUCUCAUUAGAACAUGCCAGUCCUAAGCCAUUGUACAGAUACAGACUGGUUUUUGUUGUUGCUGACUAUGUACAUAUAUAUAAAAUAGACAUAGAGGGUUCACACUUUCAAAUAAAAUGAGUAGACAUGUAUGUAGAGAACAAUUAUUUUUAAGUCUGAACUUCAUGAAAUCCACACCCAAGAAGUUCAAAUGGAAUUCUCCUUGGGGACAUGUAAAAUCUUUUUGUCUUUAUAGUGAAAUAAAGCUAGAGCAUCUUUGUAUAUUGAGAUAUACUUGAAAAAAAAUGAAUGUAUUUUUUCUCCAAAGAGCAGCAUGUUUCACUCACUGGUGGAAAGGUGGAACCAUUUAUGUUACUUUAUGUGUGUCUGUCUUCAGUUCUACUGACAUUGUCUAUGAGGAAGAUGGUUGCUAGUCCUGCUCCUGUGGGUUUUUUAGGAAGGUGAGGGCUUUUUUUGCCCUCCCUGCUUUGUGCCAAUUUGCAUGUUGCAUAUUCAUGCAUUUGAGUCUAAUUAGGCUUUACUUUAGAAAUUCAUGAGGAGAAAGCAAGACAUUGUGGAUGAGUCUCUCCAGCUCAAGGUAAAGACAAAGAGGGUUGCUAAUUUCAUAGCACAUUAGACCAGCAUUGUUUGAAAAUAAUAGGCCUCAAAAAUAUAAUUUAGGACAGUGAUGACAAACCUUUUAGAGCUUUCAGUAAUACAAACAGCCUGCUAUGGCACGUGUGCCAUAGGUUCACCAUCACUGAUUUAGGACCGAAAUUAUUUAGAUUAGUUCUCUGCCUUUCUAUUUAAAUGAUUUAUAGUGAGCAACAGUUACCAAGUGACAAGGUUUAGCCAUUUUCCCACCAAAUUGUGAGACCUCUCAAUUUAGUUCUCUCUCCCAUCAAUUUUGGAUAAUGAAAUACAAUUAUCAUUGAUUUUUCCAGAUGACUUACUGUGUUGAGAUCUUUUUUACCCCCUUUGGCCACUUGACUCAAUAAGCACUUAACCAUUUUUUCCUUUCAUUUGAAAAUUUUGAACUGUGAAAUGUUUAGGAACAAACCAUUGAAAUCCACUGGGAUGAAAGAGUAGAGUCGCAUCAGCUCAACAAAAACCCAGCAGUUCUGCAUUUGGGCUCCCAACUUCCACCACUACAAACAGCUCAAUAGAGGACAUUCAGUCAUGCUGGCUAUAUGGAAGGACAGUCACUUUCAAAGAACACAUACAAUUAUCCAUUUCAUAGAUGAUUUUACAAUAGUGCCUCUAAAAAUUGAUGUAGCAUUUUUGCCUUUCUUACCAGUAUUUAUCGUUACUGCUCUUUGUAGUCUUUGUAUUUCCACAGAUGGGUUAUUGGGGUAAAUUUCUUCAAAGAGAGUUUGUUAUAUAUAAGCUCAAAUUUAUUGUAGAGGGCAUGAGUAAAGGUUUCAGGAAAUCUUGAUGAGCAGAUGAAAAACAUCUGAAACCCCUUCAGUAUGUAAUGUACGUAAUGACUUGUUGCAGAUCAGCAUGCCCUUAAAUCCAGGUGGUUUCUUAAGUGACAAUAAAAUCUUACUAUUAAGUACACUUACUGUAACUUCUGGGUUCUAGAGAAUGUUGAUUCUAGGUGCCCCAUUUAGUUGAGGGCCACUGAUUGACCUGUUGGUUGGAUUCUCUAGAAUUUUCCUUAUUUGUAGGGUGGUGUUUUUUCUAACAAGAAUACGACAGAUAUCAUCUUACUGUCAAGUGAUGAGAAUUGCCUUAUGGAUGUGAUAUGCCAUUGAGGGCCAAGGAACUUUUUAGUUGGGGAAGGAAAUCUUUUCUGUUAUUCGUCUAAAGUAAACUUUAUUCUGCAAGUUUAGUCAACAUUAUGAGUUGCAUCAUGGUAUUCAUAGGUGACUUGCAUACAGCAUUUUCUUUUGAAAAUGAUUUUUUUCAUUUGUGAUUUUCAAAAACUGUUGCACCAGUUAUGCUCCAUGCAUUUCACAUCUUCAUCAGGUUAAUGUAAUGUCAUUUCCAAUAAAUACAUUGUUGCAGUUUCCUUGA